GGACAAAAGAGAACUAAAAGAAUAAUUACUCCAAGAGUUUAUCUUCAGGUAAUAAGGAACUCAGGAAGAGAGAUUAGGUUUUUGUGACAGGACACUGUUAAAUGCAAGGGUUUACUUCUCGUAUUUCUUGACUACAAGUUAAACUGGUUGUGUCACUCCCUGGAUGGCUCUAUAUUCGUUUGAAGUACAGCAGUUCCUCCUCUUGGACCUUGACCCAACCAAACCCCAGCUGUUACCUAACUCCCAUUUAUGCACUCUGCCACUGAAGACCGGCAAGAAGAAUGGUCUUUUUUUUUGUUGUUUUUUCAAAAAACCGAGUUGCCACAUAUGGUUGCUCUAACCUUUCAAAAUGUUUGGAAAAGCUUUUGCAAUCAUACUUUUGUUGGUGACCCCAGGAGAAGCAAGGAAGUCGUUUCUCAGUUUUCUGAACAUACAAAAUACUGAAAUACUGUCAUUUGCUAAGGCAGAAGAAACUGUCGUUGUAAGGUCCAGUUAUAAAGAUAAACAGCCUCGCUCCAGCUACCUUUCUGUGAAAUCAGACGAUCCAACGGUGCUGCAGGUGGUGGACGUGACCAAGACCUCACUGGACGCCACAGACUUUACCAUCCGCCUAAUGACUUUCCCAGGAGAGACGAAUCUGACCAUUCAACUCUGGGAUUCCGAAGGUAGGCAAAAAAGACUCAUCGAAGAGCUAAAGAAUAUUAAAGUCAGAGUGCCCAAACAGACAGAAGACAACCUCUUCCAGGCACCUAUGCAUGUCAAUAGAUACAUCUUGCUGCUUGUUUUAUUGAUGAUCCUUUUAAAUAAAUGUGCCUUUGGCUGCAAGAUUGAAUUCCAGGUACUUCAAACAGUAUGGAAGAGACCUCGGCCAGUAGUUCUUGGGGCAGUCACACAGUUUUUUCUUAUGCCAUUCUGUGGUUUUCUCCUGUCUCAGAUUUUGGGAUUGCCCAAAGCACAAGCUUUUGGAUUUGUAAUGACCUGCACAUGCCCAGGAGGAGGCGGAGGCUACCUUUUUGCUCUCCUUCUGGAAGGAGAUGUCACUUUGGCCAUUUUGAUGACUUGCACAUCAACAUCCCUGGCCCUGAUAAUGAUGCCUGUCAAUUCGUACUUAUACAGUAGGCUAUUAGGAUUAGCAGGUAUAUUUCACAUUCCCGUUUUCAAGAUCAUGUCUACACUCCUAUUCAUUCUUACACCAAUAUCGAUCGGUGUAGUCAUCAAGCACAGGGCUCCUGGGAAAGCAGUCCAUUUAGAGAGAGUAGUUCGGCCUCUGAGUUUGACUUUAAUGUUUGUCGGGAUCUAUUUGGCUUUCAGGAUGGGACUGGUGUUUCUAAGAACGGCUAACCUAGACGUGCUUCUUCUGGGGCUGUUGGUUCCUGCACUGGGCUUUACGUCUGGCUAUUCCUUUGCUAAAGUCUCUAUGCUGCCUCUUCCUGUUUGCAAAACAGUUGCUAUCGAAAGCGGGAUGUUGAAUAGUUUCUUAGCCUUGGCCAUUAUUCAGCUCUCUUUUUCACAGUCCAAGGCAUAUGAAGCCUCUGUAGCUCCUUUUACAGUAGCCAUGUGUUCUGGAUGUGAAAUGUUACUGCUCCUUCUGGUUUACAAGUGUAAGAAAAGAGGAACCCUUAGCACAGAAACUGAAAACACUCCUUUAGUCUAAAACUUACAGCACUCCUAAUUCUGGCCCUGGCUGAGACACUGGGGGAGAGUCAAACUGCAUAAAUAAUGCUUGCUCUAAAGUCAUCUGGCUAAAAGCUUGACAUGGGAGGUGAGAUUAUUUCUUCUAAUACUUGUAUGUGUAUGUUUUACGUAUUUGUGUGUGUAACAUAUAGGCGUGUAAUGUUACACACGUAUGCAUAUGUUAAAUAUGUUAUAUAUGUUUAUAUGUAUAUGUUAUAUAACAUGUGUGUGUGUGUGUGUGUGUGUGUGUGUGUGUGUGUGUGUUAUCCAUAGUAAGUACCCAGUGACUGCUACAGUACAUAUUGAGAAGGGAGCUUAAGAUCCCUUGCAGUGUGUUACUUUGGUAAUGAUUUUACAACCUCUUAAUGAGGAAUAGCAAUGGAAAUAACCAGUAAAUCCUGUAUAUCCAAAGUUUUUAAGGAAAGAAUGUUCUUUGGAUGGAGCAGCACAUGCUGACUCGGGGAAUGAGCAGGCAAAUUACUAUCUGGCCCUCCCUAGCUCAUCUGGAAACAGCCUGUCUUGAAUAAACAUAGCAGCUCUGUUUUCACAGCCACACAUGCUUCUGACUUCUAUCCUCGACACCAAAGGCACUGCCACUCAUCUGGAAAGGACAUCUCCUCCCUCCUCUGUCCUUUAUUUUAAACAGUCAACCUCAUUAUUGCAGAAUGUUCAUCCACUACCUGCACCAGCCUCCUCCCCAUUCCCAGGGCUAUUGCUCUUGUUACACAUAUAUUGCUGUUUCCCCAAACCUUUCCAAACUGCCUUUGGCUUCUUUUUUCUAACUCUAGUCAGUCAUAUUAAUCUUAUAAAAGUUUAACUUGGAUGGCAUAAUUUCCCUGCAAAGAAGCCUGUUUGCUACAUGCAUAAAGCUCCUAUUCCCCAGAAAGGCAUUAUUACCCUCCACUCUGAAUUUAAUCAGCUUCCCGUUUGCUCCCUACCACUUCUUUACAUAUGUGCCUUUGCCAUUUUGUAGGUUCCUUUUGACUCAGAUUUUGGCUCUGCCUAAGGCACAAGCUUUUGUAUUAUAUAGGUCUUUGCUUCUGGGUAAAGCAGAGGUUUAGUGUCUCAAGGAUAUACCUUGUGUAAGCCAGCCUGGCUGUUUUAUAGCAAUUUCUGUUCUGUUUAGCCUCCUUACUCAUCUUUAAGCAUGGAAUCCAUUUUGAUUUUUUUCUGUCAUACCAGCACAAAAUUUUCCAUCUGCUUAUUCAAACAGAUUGUUAAAGCACAAGCUAGGACUCAAAUGAAGACCAUGCUUCAAAAAGUAAUCGAUUAGUCUUUGGUCAGGGGUGUGCAGUAAGAGUGCUUGUCUGGCAUAUUUGAAGCCCUGGAUUCUAACACUGAAAAAAUAAACACACACACACACACACACACACACACACACACACACACACACACGCAUGCACACACCUCUACAUGCACUUCAUUUGAUAGAUUUCUGCAUCAUCAAAUUUAUAACUAAAAUUUUCAAUGCAUUUUUUAGUACUUAAGAGCAGACCAGUCUGUAUUCUUGUCUAAGACAAUGUAGCCAUUAAAGGGGGGGGGGGGGCAGAGAAUACUCUUAAGGAUAUACCUUUCUCUAUUUGACUAUUUUCUUGUUGUUAGAGGCAAAAUAAUGAUCCCAUAGUCCAGUUCCCUUAUUUUAAAAAGGUGGAAAUAACGAUGUCAGCUCCAUUAGAUUGUCCUGGGAAUGAUAUUCAGCCACACGUCUACUGUGCUUGCUGAGCAGAGCACAGAGUUAGCUGUUAUUAAUUACUGCUUUGUUCAAGUUUAAACUGUUGGCACUGACAGAUACACACUGGUGGUUUGAAAUGUCAGAUAGCUAUGUUUGGAGCCUAAACCUUUAAUAUUUUCCUGUCAGUGUCCCUGCCUAUAGUGCCAUAGGACUGUGGAACUCCUGUUUUCUGCUGACAUAAGAUAGACAAAUCUGCUCUUUCUUAUGUCACUAAGUCCAGCGUAUAAAAAACAGGGUUCAUAAAAGACCUGAUGGUAUAAUGACGGAUGGCUAUUCUGAUCUUAACAACAAUGAUUGCCUCCCUGGAGUAUUUGACUCCUUUGGACAGAAACGUCCAUUCAGAGGCUCAAGAUAUAAGUGCAUUUAUGUAAUACAAACUUCACUAGGCACCUCUUAGUGAACAUAAUGGGCCAACUGCAAGUCAGGAAGCCUGCCUUUCUAGCUGUGCUUUAUGAUCAACCUUAUGACACUGAAAGCAGGUCAGUUUUUAAAUCUGUAAAACUCAAGAGAUCAACAGGCUUCAUGUUCUCUGUGUGCGUGUGUCUGUCUGUCUGUCUCUCUCUCUCUCUCUCUCUCUCUCUCUCUCUCUCUGUGUGUGUGUGUUUAAAAUUUCUCUAUCAUCUCUGAGUUUUUCUCUUGUCAUGUAUGGAGGUCUCUACAACCAUCAGAACCAGCUUUCACACACUCAAUAACAGGGUUUUGGACUUUGUGGCACCAGCUCGCAGCACGGCCAUCAUGGAAUCAGAACAUCAGACACUGUUGUGCACUUCACUUUCUGAAAUCACUUGGCAACAGAACGGACUGUUUGUGCUGAAAAACCUGAGUUACCUGACAACAGUUCUGAAGAAGCAGCGGAGGCUGCUAGAAGAAAACAGAACUGGAGUUCCUGCUCAUCUGAUGGAGGAAGCCAGCAAUAGCUUUAAUGUAAAGAAAUCCUGUAUUCAGUCCCUCAUUUAUCUUACUUCAAAAUGCUUACAAUGAUUUUAGCAGCUUUGCCAAGACAGUGGGACAACUCUCACUCAUGAGAGGUUUAAAGAUGCUAUUUCUUCAAAGGCCUAGAGAAUUCCAUUUGUUCACAUAUCCAUGUCUGUCAGCAUACAUUUGAUAAGAUUUUUUAUUUUAAAAUGGUUGACAAUGGAUAGCCCAGAAACCUAGUUCUUGAAGGCCUUUUAUGAAAAAUCC